GUUUUGUUAAUUCCAAUAUGGCUGCCGAAUCGCUGAAUGAAGAAAUAGAGUAUGUAAAAUUAUAUAGGAUUAGGCCCAUUUUGCUUCAUUUUUAUUUAGCACCGUUUAUACCAAUCUACUUAACAUGGCUCUACUUUUGGACGGUCGUAUAUGGCGUGACAGAUUAUUUUGAAGCUGGUCUUAUCGCCUUAGCCGCUGUGGGUCUUCUUCAAAUUCUUUCUUGCUUGUUCUGUCAUUGGUCUGUCCACGUGCGAUGUUUCUUCACAUGUUCAGGGGUAAGGAACAAAAACAAAAAGCUUAGUUCUCCUCUAAUUUAGGAUAGGAUAUGACCUGUCAAUAACUUUAUAGAAACCAAAAAUAAAAACGACUCAACAUGAUAUAAUAUAAUUUUUAAUACAGAUAACCCUAAGAUUUCUAAAAUGCAGUGAAUUCAGGAUUUAGGGCUGCAAAUAUCUUACGAGGAUGAAUGAUAAAAUCAGUGCAAAAUGCCAGUGUUAUUAAUAUAAACUUAAGACAGACCAUUGUAAAUUUUUAUAAAGGUCUGUCUUUAUACCCCACCGAUACUCUUAUUACAUUGCCUUUACUUGUAUAAAUGAACUUAACUUGAACUUAAAUUAUUUUACCAAUGUUUAACCAAUUUUAUUUAAAUAAGGAUUAUUAUUUUGAGAUAAAUGGUAAUGAGUUUGAUUUUUUUUCAACAAUGCACAUCUUGUUGAUGUUUCGCAUGGGCCUUGAAAAGUCCUUGAAUUUUUUCACAGAAGUCCAUGAAUAUUUUUGAGAGCUCCUUGAAUCAAAAUAACCUUGUUAAAAAAGUGUUUUGCAAAAAGGAAAGAUUGAAAGCACAACAACAUGCAAAUUUUCUUGGUGAUCAGGAAAGUGUGUUUUCUUAUGAUUUCAUUGUCCCUGGCAUAGUUCAUUUUCUUUUUUUUGAAAUACCCUAGGAACUGUGCCUUCCUAGUGGAAGGUAUUGCAAAUUAGCAAAUCCCCCUCCACCUAUGAAUUUGAAAGAUCUUUAUUUUAUGUCAUUCCAUGUCAAAUUACAAGGAAAAGAAGUCCUUGGAAGAAUUAUCUUAGUUCUUGAAAAAUCCCUGAUUUCCCCCCAAAAAUUCUUUAUGAACCAUGUUCUGUGAUCAUCAGUGAAUAAAGUAAUACAUAUGUUGUAGUUAAUUUUUUAUCUCAGGUAAUUUGUAUUUUUUCUUUCGUUUCAACUUCAUUAGCACACAUUACCAUACCCAAAAACAAAAGAAGAACAAAAAUUACCUGAGAUAAAAAAUUAGCUACAGCAUAUACGUUACAUAAAAUUUUGGGCUGGUUUUAAAUGAACUCAUUUAGUCCAAUCUGCCAUAGCAUGCCAGCUGCGAAGUGACUUUUUAAACUAGUGAGCACUAAAAAUAUGCUAGUACAGUGAAAGCUCUUGUGAGCAGACACCCUUGGGGCGCAGAAAGGUGUCCACAACUGUAGCUGGCCACUUACAGAAAUGUAAAGUUUGCAGAGUUUGUAUUGGAGUUUUGAAAAACAGGAAAUUGUGAAGGUAGCCAUAGGUAGAACUGUCCACUUGAGAGAGCUUCCACUGUAUUAAUUUACAUGGAGAAUAGAAUAUCUGUCACUUAAUGCCUUGAUAAGACUGAGUCGAUCAUCAUUCCUAAUUUAUUUCUUUAUGAUGUUUAGUUAUAAGACAUUUAACUGAAAUAGAUACUAUGUUUCUCUGCCAAAGGAAACAUCUCCAGAUCUUGCUACAGUAAUAAAAGUUGUUCCAACUGCAAACAAUGGAUCACCAGAGCUGCUAAAGCUUCACCAUGAGCAGGUCAGUGUAUUAGUGUUCUCUAUGAAUUAUUUGGAUGCCUCUGUAAAGGCUGGUUUUCACUAGUAACAGAGUUGGAGUCGGAGUCGUAAGCAGAGUCAUAAGUGCAAUGGAAGAAGAAGAAGAAGAAGAAGAAGAAGAAGAAGAAUCAGAAUGUUUCCAGAUUGUCGGAGUCGGAAGCAGAAGUGGAAGGAUAAACCAAUCACAGUGCACGUUCCCACGCUUUGUGAUUGGUUUAGAUCUUUUGCUUCCACUUCCGACUCCGACAAUCUGGUUUUCACUAGAUCAUAAGCUCCACACUUCUGAUUAUGACUCCGACUCUGACUCUGACUCCGACUCCAUCGCUAGUGAAAACCAGCCUUAAAUGUAUGGACACUUCUUUUGGUCCGAAAGAAACCAUAUUUCAUACCAUUCCUCCCACUAGGAUAGAGACUCCUAUGUAAUACAGACACUUGAGUCAGUCCCGUUGGUGUCCACAGUACAUGCUGUAACCCUUUUUGUCCCAAGAAUGACCAACAUCAAUUUUCUCUUAACAACAUCAAUACAUAAUUAAGAGAAACAGUUAUGAGAAUUGAUAAAUGAUCAUCAUCCUUUAACAAAUUAUCUCAAAUUUUUUCUAAGGAGGUGUGUGGAGAUCAAUCAGGAGAACUUGUGUAUUGAUAAUGAAGUUAGGGCUUAAAGGUUUAAGUAGGCCUGAAUUUACUAAUGAAAAUUUCUGGUGUUUCAUUUUCUUCUAUUCACUUGGGCAGUAAGUAUGGCAUGUAAACAAUCAGUGUAAGAAAGAGUAAUUUUACUCUAGCUGAUCUGGCGCAACCAUUACCGGUAUAAAAUAUUAACAACCAACUUAAGUACUUCUACAUUGAUAUUAUAUCUUUCAGGAUAAAGAGACAAAGAAGAAUAUUAUAUGGUUUAAUUUUCAAAAGACAAAGUAUGUUUUUGAUAGUGAAGAGAAGAAGCAGUUCUGUCAGGUAGCUUUUCCAAUCAAUGAAAGUAUAGAGCAUUACAACAGUUGUAGAGGAUAUCAGGAAGAAGCUGAUGUUGAAAGAGCAAAAAGAAAAUAUGGAGUGAAUGAGUAAGUGCUUUUCUUUAAAAACAUAUCUUAGAUGUCUUUCACUUCAUCUGCAGUGCUUCUGUGUUUUAUGACACUGAUUUAAUCUAUUAAAUUAUCAUGAAAAAAGGCAUUUUCAGAAGUGUACAUCUCUACUGUGAAAAUAAUUUGGACAGAAUUGUUAUGAUAGUUAUAUCAGUUAUUCUGAUCAGAUUUUAACAAACAGGGACUAUCAAUAAACUCCCUUUAAAAAAAUUAUUCGUGAUCUAGCUAAAUGCUUUAAGCCCAACUAAACUGCAUACAUGUAAACUUGUCAUUAAGGGCAAUUUUUGGCCAGCAUAUUUUAGCAGUUAUCAUCUUGGUCAGCAGUAUCUUCCCACCCCACACAGGACCCAAACACAACCAAUGCAAUACUUGUAAAUACGAGCAAAUCAUUUUUUAUAUGUGAUGAAUUGUAUAUCUUUUGUCAUGAUCAUUAUUAAACAUUCUAGGGUUCAGAUGGAUGUACCUGAGUUUUGGGAACUAUUCAGAGAAAGAGCUACAGCACCAUUCUUUGUGUUUCAAGUAUUUUGUGUUGGGUUAUGGUGUCUUGAUGAGUACUGGUAUUACAGUGUCUUCACCCUGUUCAUGUUGGUAGCAUUUGAAGCCACUCUGGUGCAGCAGGUAAUCUUUUCUCCAUCUCCACCAUAAGGUGUCAAUGUUGAACCUAUGAUUACUUUUUUAGUAGAAUGGGAGUCACAGCGUGCAAAGAAAGUCUUAUCCCAUAGACCGGGGCUCCUGGAUUUUGGGAUUGGGCUUGUGAAUUCUGAUCUUAACUUGCUGACAAGCAAGUGAAGUUUUUUAGGGGAAUUCAAAUGACAGCAAUACCGUAAGACAAAUUGCAUAAAUUCGUAACAGGUUCUUGUGGAUUAAAAGCUGUUUUUUAAGCUGAUCGGACAAAGUGAAAUUAUUAUAUUUAUUUUAACAGUCACUUAAUAAAGCAAGUGAUUAAUUAACAACUUUUGUAAAUUGAUCAAUAAAUAAUAAUACAAUAAUAAUUGUGAGUAUAAUGAAAGUAAGUGUUCCUUGCAGAUUAUUCUUUGGAGAAAUGGUAUAAGUUGUCCCAUAACAGACCUUUUUGUUCUAUAAUAUGACCUCCAGGAAAUUCUGCAUACAGUAAUGUGUUGGGUCAUUAGUAGUCUGAUCUGAUCUUCACUCUUAGACUUGUUCAGCACAUGAUUGGCUGGACUACUACAGGUUUAUUUCUCAUUGUUUGACAAAUGGUCUUCCCCUCUUGCUUUCAGCAAAUGAAAAAUAUGAAGGAAAUAAGAAACAUGGGAAGUAAACCAUACUUGAUACAGGUCAGUUUCUAAUAUUAAAAAUGAUAAAAAGAAUUUUUUUUACUAAGUAUUAAAAACUGUUAUAUUAGUUAGUAAAUGUUGUCGAUAUGUCAAUAAUUUUAAUUAUGUUCAAUAACUUAUCAAGAAUACAACUGAAAUUUUCCUCCUUUUUCCAGAUUAGUUACCAAAAUUUGAGACAAAAAAUGCAGUUUGAAGUCCUUUUCACCUGAAAUUCUUUGUGCAAAUAACAUAUACAUAUAAUUUUAUAAGCUAUUGAUUUGGUUUCAACCUUGUACAGUAAUAGUAAUACUAUUGUUAAUUCAUAACAUUGUGAGGCAGCCUCCGUCCUGCAGAUACAUGUAAGAAAUGCCUGUGCAAAAUAAGCAAGUAUGCCCUAAUUUUUAUAUAUUUCUGAUGCACAUACAACAGGUGUACAGACAUAGAAAAUGGAGACCAAUUUUGAGCUCUGAGCUUCUUCCUGGUGACAUUUGCUCUAUAGGUAAGAUGAAAUUAAUUUUGUUGAUGACCUUUUCUUUUGGGAAGGGGGACAGGAGAGUUUGUUGAUAUCAGUGUGUUUGUGAUGGUCUGUUAUUUAAUUAAUGUUAUUUAAUUAGCUCUGCCAUAUUUCCUAUGACCUCUUUGAAGUGGUUAGAAAGGAUGAAUGUGAAAAUGUUCAUGGCUUUCUCACAGCACAAAGGUGUGAUCUUCUGAACUGAGACAAGGUCACAGCUAAUUAAUAUGAUCUUACUACCCGGAAAAAAAACUAUCCUGUAGGUAAGUAUUAAUUAGGGAGAACAAUAAAAAAGUGGACAGAGAUUUACCCACUGGUUAGUGCUAUCCACCAUUUGAUCAGUGGCAGGUGCCUGGUUUCUGGUCAAGUAGUUGACUGAACUUGCAUCCUCUUCGCAAUCUACCAAGUUGGGUAAGCAGGUUCAAGGUCACAGCUAAUUAAUAUGAUCUUACUACCCGGAAAAAAAACUAUCCUGCAGGUAAGUAUUAAUUAGGGAGAACAAUAAAAAAGUGAAUAGAUAUUUAUCCAGUGGGUAGUGCUAUCCACCAUUUGAACAGUAGCAGGUGCCUGGUUUGUGGUCAAGUAGUUGACUGAACUUGCAUCCUCCUCGCAAUCUACCAAGUUGGGUAAGCAGGUGGUAUUUUUGCUGCUUAGGCCCCAGUUAUUCAAAAGCUGGAUAGCGCUGUCCAUUGGAUAAAUCAUUAUCACUGUGGAUAAGUAUUAAGGAAACCAAUUGGGCCUAUCCACUAAAUAGAGAUUUAUCUUGAGGAUAGCAUUAUCCAGCCUCUAAGCAACUGGGGCCUGGUGUUUUUAUAGUUAUCUGUGACACUGCAACUAAAUUCUAAGGGGGUAGUAUAGCCCAGUUUCUUAAGUAGGAAAUGGCUAAAUGAUUGAAAAGAAGUUAGUAUAAAUACAAUGGUACACUGAAAUAUCACAUUUCCACUUUCAUAGUAAUAAAUUAUUAUGUCUUGAUAAUGCUACUAUUAAUAAAAUCAUCUCUCUUUUUCUCUGUUUACUUCCAGGGAGAUCUAAGACCUCUGAUGUGCUUAUUCCGUGUGAUAUGGUGUUACUGCGAGGUUCCUGCAUUGUUGAUGAAGCCAUGUUGACUGGAGAAUCUGUGCCACAGAUGAAGGUAACAAAAAUUUCUUUUAAAAAGCCAAGCCACUGCAGACCUUGAAAUACUGUUUGAAAUUGCUGUAAGAAGGAAAUUUAUUAUAUAGACACAGAAACUACCAAUAAAAUACCAGGUGAGCUUUCGCGCGAAAACUUGAUAUCUUCACAUGUAAAAAUAACAUGUUAUCUUCACAUGUGAAAAUAUCACCGUUGCUAUGACUACAUAAUAAAUCGCGUCUUUCACACCAAAAAACUAUUUAAGUAUUAAAAAUGGUUUGGUAUUUCAUUGGUGUUUAUAUAAUAAAUUGCGCGAACGAGUGAAAUAUUUUUUCAACAUGAGAAUAGAAAUUUUGUAUCUCCACGCGGCCAAGUAAUAUCCUCUAUUUAUAUACUAGAAGGAAAAAAUAAAUGUGUGGAAAUUAAACAAAUACCUACCCACUUUGUCCUGUAACAUGAAACCUGUUGUGCACAAACACCUCUCGCAAGUGAUCAUCUGUAAAAAUACUUGCCUAGUCUCAGGUCUUCUCAUUCAAGUCAUUGCAGUGAUGAAUAGGAGAUAGACAUGACCCAAAAUGCAUAGGCCACAUGGAAAAAUGGGACGGUACAGUAUAUUCUUAGGGAGGAGUCAUUUGCAGCAUAUGCAUAUUAUAGCCAUCACUUUUGUUCCCUACUAGCAGAGGUCUCUCAGUUUUGCCUCGUCAUGAGAGACCUCUGCUAGCAGGGAAUCACUUUUGCCACUUUGCCAUGAUUUUGUUUUUAAGCUUAAACCCUUCCACAUGUAAUUUAAUGGAAUUCAGGGCCACAGUUUUUUUGUGUAUGGCAAAAUUAAAAAACUAGUUACACUGUUACAUGUAUGCUUGUACUACAUGAGGUCGAGUACAUGAAAUUAAUUCAAUUUUUGUGUGAAUGCAAUCACUACAGGAACCUAUUGAAGAUGUACCAGGGGAUGAUGUUUUUGAUUUGGACCAACACAGUAAAUUACAUGUGCUUUCUGGCGGGACAAAAGUUGUGCAGCAUUCUCCUCCUCUGAAGAGUUCUUCUGGACUCAAAGGUACGUAAGAUGUUUUUAUAGUCUGCUCUGACAUUACAGAAUUAAGGUUAAAGCCCACUGAAAUGGUACAACUUGAACACAAUGCGCUGUGUAAUUUAGCAACCUGUAUGAUAUGUUUGAUAAGCUUAUGACAUGCAGUAGAGUUGUACUUAUGUACUAAUUAAAUAAUGGCAAAAGUACACUGAAAUGUCAGUAACAAUUGUUCGAAAAGGUUUCAAUGAAAGCUGGUUACAGGCAGUCUACGACUGCCUACAGGGCUCUUGCUGCCUUCUGUUAAGAUUCGUUAAAAAACAACAACAAUGACAACAGCAACAACAACAUGUUCUGUGGUCAAGAACUCUUUUUUUAUGGAAAUUUCAUUGCAAGGUGUUAGAUGUGAUUUGGGUGGGGGGCUGAAGUGGGGUGGAGUAUGCCCCCAGACCCUCCUAGCAAAUCCCCUUAAUGGGUGGGAGUCUCUUAUCCUACCAUCGGCAACCGUUUAUGUAAAGUCUAAAGUCAUUAUUGAGUAGUACAUGUAUUUUGUUUCUUUUUCAAAGGUCCUGACAAUGGAUGUGUGGCUUAUGUCUUAAGAACUGGAUUCAAUACUUCUCAGGUCAGGAAGUGAAUAAAAGUAACAUUUUGGCAAAUUCAGCCAUAUUUGAUUAAGGAAAUACUGCCUUAAAUCCUCUUUUAACCCCAUGGGACUCAUUUAUUUCAAGCACAUUAGAAUAAUGUGCUUAAUAAUUUUCUCCUCCUGAAAAUGGGGGGCUUAUUAGAGAUUGGGUUUUAAAUACCGGGUUUACGGUGUGUGACUGAGAUUUCCUUCAUUACAGUUUCGAUGAGGAAUACACAACUCUGGACUGAUUUUUCUGUACAUUCUCUUCUUAUGUUUUGUGUGUUCUUUUUCCCCUUUUUGAAGUAAUUACAUUGUACAUAUAGUAGUUCAAAUAAAUGUGUAAUAAAUUGGCAUUGAAAAAUUUGUUUGUUACUUUAACAGGGAAAGCUUCUCAGAACAAUUUUGUUUGGUGUGAAGCGAGUCACAGCCAAUAAUCUGGAGACAUUUCUCUUCAUCUUGUUUUUGCUUGUGUUUGCUAUAAGUGCCGCAGCAUAUGUUUGGAUUAAAGGUAAGGGAAUUUCCACACAGACCGUCCUUCAUAGCAGCAAUUUGUUGAAACAUUCUAUACAUACUUCACGCUUGUGCAAAAACCUGGUUUGUGACUGAUCUUCAUGAAUGUGGAGCUCAAUAUGCAAAGAAAGUCUGGCCCAUAGCCCAGGGCUAGUGAAUUUUGCUAUCAGGAUGGUGGAUUUUUGUUUUUUAUAUAUUACAUUUUUUACAAUUCAGGUACUGAAGAUCCCAAGAGAAAUCGCUAUAAGCUAUUCUUGGAGUGUACUCUGAUAUUGACCUCAGUGGUUCCGCCAGAACUUCCCAUUGAACUGUCUUUAGCUGUCAACUCAUCUCUGAUGGCAUUGCAGAAACUUGGUGAGGCUAAGUAAAUUUAGUCUCCUUCGUGGCUGUUUUUAGGGUUGUUGCGUGACGACCCAAAAACAGGCUGCAAAGCAAACUAAAGUAACUUACAUUAAAUUGUGUGUGUCUGUUCCAUAUUUAAAGUUACAUGAAAAUGCAAUUCUUUUUCUUUUAAGUGUUUUUUUUUUUCUUUGCAUGGUGUAGGGUAGUGUCAAGGCCUUGCUAAUCUUACAGACACGUCCCCCUUCCUCACUCCCUCCCCCAUCUCUUACCGCUUUCAAUUCCUGCCAUGCCGGCUAUAAACUCACAGAAACAAUAAGGUGUCUGGCCAGUCAGGGUAUCGCGUGUUUGGCAAACAAAGUUGAACCGUUUUUAAAUACGUUAACCAGCUAAUAUUAUUCCAAAUUUCAUCUCUUUUUCAUUUGAUAUAACCACCUUUCUGCUAGCCCGCGAGCAAGCUCUCCUAUUUUAGCAAGUGAAGCGAGCCUCGCGAGAACGCGCGAGUGAGGGGCCCCUCGCGAGAGCUUUCUCGCAGGCUACCUUUCUGCCUUUCAGUGACCUCGGUCUUUCAUAGCUUAUUAACUCUUUUAUGAUUUGUUUUCUGCAGGGGUGUACUGCACAGAGCCUUUUAGAAUUCCGUUUGCUGGUAAAGUUGAUGUAUGCUGUUUUGACAAGACAGGAACCUUAACAAGUGAUGAUCUUAUAGUGCAAGGUGUUGCUGGCCUCAAGUAAGUAUGGUGCUCACAGUGUGGAUGACUUCUCCUAAAAUGUUCUACACUCGGUAUCGGAUUUAAUGGAGCUUUUUCGUUAGUUUAAUAACUACACAACAAUUCAAUAACCACACCAGUAGUUCAAUGACCACACGUUAGUUCAUUGAGCGUAGACUACAUACAACUGCGGAACAAAUAGCCUCAAAUACGUACAAAUGUGUGACAGGUUUGAACCCAGGAGUCAUUUCAAAAGUAGAAUGAGUUUGAUUGUCUGGGUGAACGUGGUCCUGAAUAGGACUGUUGUUGUUGACAGUGACUGACGUUUCGACAACCUGUGCGGUAGUCAUCCUCAGAGUCAAAGUGAGUUGUAUAACGUCAGUUGAUGGUAUUAUACUCCGGUUAUUGAUCUGCUUGAUCAAUUACGUCGCGAUGUUAUUGGUCGUCUGUCAGUUAAGCCGUGGUGUUAUUGGCUAGGAAGACUCGUAAUCAGUAACUGGUGCGUUUUGAUCGAUCUAAAUGUGUAGCAUCGGGUGAGUGGUAAUAACUCAUUUAGCGAUGACACAAAAACUAAAUUGAGAAAUAGCUAUGGUGCACUAUCCCCUUUAAAUAAACUCAACCGUAAACAGUGCUAAGAAUAAAACUCAAGAAAUUCGUGUGAAGCUCCAUCGGGGUCAAAUGUCUGAGGCGGCUUUUGUUUUAUUUAGGCGAAUUUAUAGAAACAUGGACAUGGGUUUAUAAAAUAAUUCGUUAAUGGAACUAUCUUUUCAACUCUCUUAAAAUUAUGAACCUCUUUUUGUUCUUCGCCAAGAGCUGAGAAGGACAGCAAUAAUCUGCGUAUUGUUAUAGUUUUGCUUGUGGAUUUUCAGUAUUAUCCUUUUUAUUCGCAGAGAUGACGAUGAAGUAUGUGCAGUUACUGAUAUUCCUGAUGAUACUGCGCAUGUGCUGGCCUCGUGUCAUUCGCUGGCUUUCCUCGAUGACAGUUUAGUGGGUGAUCCUCUUGAGAAAGCCGUCCUUCAAGCUGUGGACUGGAGACUAACAAGAGGUGAAAAAGUUAAUCUCCUAAUCUUAAUCUCGGACUUAAAUCCCCCGUCUCACAACCUUUGCAUAUACAGCUACUUCGAGAAAGCGCGCGAAAAAAGUGCACGCGACUAUCCCGAAAGGCGCUGUGGGUGGUUUUGAGUUCACUGUUCUUGAAAGAAAUUUGAAAGAAUGGCGCGAGAGGCCAUGUCUGCGAGUGCUAAAGGAAAGCAACGAAAGUAGGUUCGACAGCAACAGUCGUCAGGAACAGUGUAUCGAUCAUAUCCCAUAUUACCUCUCGGGAUUGUCGUGUGCACAUUUUUUCCGACAACCUUUCUCGAAAGAGCGGUAUAAUUUCUGCGGGACUUUUAAGAACCCACACACUGUUCGUAGAAAGCAGGGGGCGUAGUCCCCGGUGACGUGGUGUACCUCGUAUUCACGCUCACUUAUUUGUAAACUGUUCCAUGAGCAGUCUGGCAAAAAACAAAAAACAAACAGUGUUCUAAAUUAUCCCUGAAAGGCCUGUGAAGAGAAUGAAUGAUAAUAUGAUGUUUACAAUUUCUAACCUCCUUUAUUGAUAGAGUAGUGCGCUCGCUCUCGAAAUUCUGUUUCCUUCAAGGUCCUCUAUGAUCGGCUGUUGAAAUCCUUCUAUUCUACUUUUGGGUGUUUAUUUAAAGGAAAGCGCUUAGUUAGUAUUUUUAGCCUCAAAGAGGGUAAUAAUUCAAAGACUGGUUCACUUAUUUACGUUAUACAGGUGUUGUCUCGGCUAGUUUUCAACUAAAUUUGCCUUCACCUUGUUUUGUUUGAAUUUCAGGCGAUAUCGUGAUGCCAAACAAAGGAAGGCGUGUCUCUAUGCGCAUCGUUCAUCGACAUCACUUCUCGAGUGCGCUCAAAAGAAUGUCAGCUAUUGUGUCGUUACAGAAUCCCGGUUCGUCCACCAAUGAAUAUAUUGUAACUGUGAAAGGAGCUCCUGAAACCCUUAGAUCAAUGGUGAGUGGAUUGAGCAAAAUAUUUUGCAUUUUUUCUCUAGUGGCGGCAGUAAAUAUAGAGAGGAGAAGUCGUUAUGUCACGUUGCCAUCGUAGCAAAAUUUCUAGGUCUCAAAGAAGCCGUGGUCCUGUAAAUAUGGCAGAAAAAAAGAACGAAAAAAAUGGCUUAUAUGACUUUCGUGUGAAUGAGUGCACUCAGGAACAAAACGGUAGCCCAUACUUGGCUGUCUCUGUCAAGACGAUUGUCGCGAUCCAGAAAUUUUGCUACCAUGGUAACUUGACGACACACUUUCUACUCUAUUGACCAUAUUUAGGUUACACUUGGGCCUGGGUCGGCGUUGUGGCGAAUUGUGCUGUGGGACUGUUUUGGGGGACAAAUUUUGACGUAGUUUCCCGCUCAACUUCGUAAUUAUCCGAUGAACAGCCGUUUUUAAAAAAACGGCUGUGUAGCAGACUAUACCCUCAUAUACAGCUGUUAGAAACAUUCGUUGUCACAGUAUUUCUGACUCUGUUGGCAGACUGAAUUUUUUUUGAUAUAUUUUUGUCGUAUGCGUAUCUUUUUCAGUAUAAAACUGUUCCCAGGAAUUACGAUACCAUAUACCACAGAAUAACAUGCCAAGGAUCCAGAGUGUUAGCGUUAGGUUACAAGAAGAUUGGAGAGGUGCCAGCGAAAGAGGUAUAGUAGAAUUAAAUGCGCAUGCCUGACUACCCCCUCUUUUUGAUUUAGUUAUAGUCGAAGGAAAAGCCAGCCACGUGAACAAGCGUGCAAAAGCCAGUCAGCUUCAACGUAGCUAGGGUAGUUUGACAUAGUUCAGGUCUUUCGUAUUUCACAUUUCAUUGUGAUGAAGAUGGGUGAUAUGGUAUCCCCUUCAAGCUGCGAGCUGUUUUGACGGCGCAGCGCUCAUGAUAAAGCACGUUUGCGGGUUCAAGAUCAUGCAUCAGUUUUCCUACUUCUUCGACUCUAAAGCGCCCCAUUAUCACUGGAAUUUCAAAAGCUUGACAAGAAACAGAUUUGGCAUUUUUACUGGCCGCCAAGAAAAAGUCACACUAUCGUGGAAAACAGGCUUCUGCAAGGAAGGCUUAUUUGCGGGCCAGGGUUCAAAGAAAGGCGUUUCCCCUCACCCACCCAUCCUCCCCUGCCCACUUACUUCUUUUAAGCCUUGUCUUUCUCCAAACCCUCUUCUUAAUCGCAUUUAAAUAUAAGGCACUGGGCGCUAAUAGAAUUGACUGAUCAUUAGUUCUAGUGUAGAGCAUUGGUCAAGAGUACUCGGUCGUUUUAUAGAGUUUUUGUUAAUAGUCCUACCUGUCAUUUUCCUUAUCAGAUCCGUGAUAUGAAGCGUGAAGAGUGUGAGUGUGAUCUGCAGUUUGCGGGAUUCGUGGUAAUCGCGUGUCCUUUAAAGAGCGAUUCUAAAGCAGCUAUCAAGCAGAUUCAAGAAUCAUCACAUCACGUAAGUAUUGGUGCCGCUCAAACAGCAACCUCGAGCAAAGAGGAAACUGUUACCCUGUUAUUUUUACCCUUUAGAGCUAUGAAAAUACAUUUUUGAAUAGUAUUUCUUUUUUUCCUAAUCUUUUUUUUUAUUUACAUAGCUGACUAUGAUUACUGGAGAUAACCCGCUGACCGCAUGUCACGUGGCUCGAGAGCUUCGCCUUACUAGGCGCGAAAUUGUGGUUCUAUCACCUCCUGAAAGCACAAAUAAUCACGGUAAUGUCUUAUACUGUGACUAUUCCUAAAGGCAUAAAGAACGCUUGUUCUCUACUCUUUAAAACAAACGCUUGUAACGUGUAGUGUGGUAAGAAAGUGUUGCAAACAGCGAAAAUGGUACUAGGACAUAACCCAGCUGUCUUGAGUUCCUGUAAAAAAUUGAAAAAUCUUUUGCCAGGGCAAUGGAAAGCGGGAGUAAACAUGUAGCUGAUGACUGUAGCACGUUACAAAAUUGUGACUGUCUGGAAAGCAUUUGACCUCAGUACAGUAAGCGCGGGAAAUAGUUUGAUGGACUGCAUUCAGCAAGCGCGCGAAAAACACGACACUAUUUAACUGUAAGCGCGGUAAAAGCUUGAGACUAACUGAAAGCGCGGGAAAAUAGGCGAAGAAAAUCGCCUUGUGCUUGCAGAAAUUAUGUUAAUUCUGUUGUAUUUUGUAUUAAAGACAAAAGCGUGAAUUUUGUUUUCUGAAGAAACCAGCCAUAUAUCAAUAGGUGCGAUACUGUCAGUCGUAGAAUUAUCGUAGUAAAAAGCCAAUUUUCACAUCGACUAAUCUACAAAGCAACAAGAGCAUGGUUAUAAUUUUGUGAGUAAUAACUUUUCCCCAUUCUCCUUUUUACAGUGGAAAGCGAGUGGCACUGGCAGCCAGUGGAUCGCUCAUUCAGUCUCCCCAUCAUCCCUGCUGGUGGUAUUAAGGAACUGACUUCCAAAUUUGACUUGUGUGUUACUGGAGAGGUAGCGAACAUCAUUUUGAAUGCCUUUGUUUAUAAUGCAGUUUCAAAGUCUCUUCUCUUUUUCGUUGCUUCGCUACACAUCAUCAUUUCGCGGUAUUAUUAUAUGAGGAAGUACUUUUUGUGGUUUGAGGACAGUUAGAAAAUGUCAUAACACCCAUAGCCCUGCCAUCAACCUCUUAAUUACCAGCCAGUGAUCUUUGUCUGAAGCUUUACGCUAACAUUCAGUCCUGAGUUCCCAGCUAGGAAUUUCCAGCUAGAGGAUAUAAGUAAUCAGAAGACGUGUGUAGCCAUAGCACAAGCAAAGUUUAUGCGAAAAAUUCAGUGUCCAUUCAUUUACGUUUUAGAACACUGCCUAAAGGGUUUUGCUGUAUGCAGCUGCGGUGAACAGUGCAUCCUAAAAAUAUUGAGUAGUUUUUGUGUCCGUUGCUCAGGCAUUUAAUGUUGAAGGGUAAUUAUUGACGCCAAGUUUGUAAUUUAAUUUGCAGGCAUUUUCCUACCUACAAUCGACUGAGAAAUUAUCCAAGUUUUUUCACUCCAUCAUUCAAAACGUUCAGGUUUUCGCACGAGUGGCUCCCAAACAAAAGGUAUAGUAGAUAUCUCAAGUUUUUUUCCAGAGUCUUGGCUACUACACCCUGUAAGUCUGUUUGUUAGUAAUUUGGAAAUGGCUUUCAUGUGAAUAUCUCUGGCCCUUGUUCUUUGUUUUCAUAACAGGAACUGGUAAUCACCAAACUCAAGAGCAAAGGUUUUGUCACAUUAAUGUGCGGUGACGGUACAAAUGACGUAGGAGCACUCAAACAUGCGCACUGUGGUAAGACUUCAUAUAUGCUUAGUUUUACUGUAAAGGAUGGAGUGUUCCACAUAGCAAGUCCUGCUUGUUGGAAAAGUAUCAAAUGCUAUCUACUUGAUAAAUUGCUUUUUCCUUGGAUUGACCAACUACUUUUUUUGAUCUCCCAACAUGAUUGCGGUUUUUCGAGUGGACGAGGGCUCCCCAUCCACCUUUUAUGAAAACUCAUCAACUUCUAACCAUGUCCCGAGGGAGUUAGACUCACACGUCAUGUGCCCUGAAACCUCGGGAAAAUUAUGUUCCAGUCUCCCCAAGAUUCUAAGUUUUUUCGCAGUCCGUGUUUUACCUGAGGGUGGAAGGGGGGGGGGGGGGGGGGGGGGUGGGUCCCGGGGAAACACAACCCCAUUUUUCCCUGUGGAUUAAUCACCCCCGUUCCCCCUUUCCCUACUUUUUUUCCCUUUUUUUUACGCCGGUUUUGUAAGGGGGGUGUGUCAUGAUUGCUGAGACAAACAANGAUAACAGCAAAAAAAGCAGCCAGAAAUCCAAAGAUGAAAAAGCUUCAACAUCGGUGAGACCAACUUAAAACUUUUGCUGACCAUGUCAUGUCUUCAUGGCCAGUGUUAUCUCACAAAGUUUGUUUAAUCUGCACAAAUAUAACUUCUGAUUGGCUAUAUUGAUCAAUGGAUAGCACAUGUGAUCUUGAAAUAUUAAUAGAUUUACUUGUUGAAAUUAACUUAAGUUCUCAUAACUGCAAAGAAAGUAUGGUGAUUUUUACUAUUUAUCGUCGAUUUGUGAUCAAAAGUGUCUGUCGUCACAUGCUAUAAAAGAACUUUAUGUAAAAUUGUUAAGAGAGAUACGUUUGAAGUGCUCAGAGCUACUUAAAAUUGUCGAAAUUUUAAGGUGGUGUUUCCGUAGCCUGCGUAGCAGGCGCUUGGAAGUAGUGGGCACAAGAAACAACGGGCGCGCGAGAAGAAGACACGCGCGAGGGUAAAGGGAGCUCCCUCACCCCUCGCGUGUCUCCCUCGUGCGCGCUCGUUCUUUCUUUCGCCCACUACUUCCAAGCGCCUGCUACGCAGGCUAGUUUUUCCGUUUAUCUUCUACAAGAAAUUAUAUCCUGUUCCAGAAUGGACAGUUGUCGUUACUGGGUUUUCUUUUCUUUCGCCAGCAGACAGACGACAAGGGUAAGAAUGAUUCAAUCAAAAUAGUAUCCAGGGGAAGUAUCCCCCCUGCUUCUGGUAAAGGAUCCUCACGUGCAGCUAAGAUGCGCGCUAUGGCCCGGGGGGAGGACACUGCCUCCUCCUUAAAACAAGAGCAACAGGUUAGAUGAUAUGAUUAUUUUUUACCACGCUAAAUAGAACUUAACCAAAGUUAGAAUGAAUCUAAUGCAGUCCAGCGGAAUAAAGAUACGAGGGAGGUCCAGGGAAAGUGCCAUCAGCUUUUGCUUUGUUUUGCUUUGUGCUUUUGGUUGCCAGCAGUGCUAUAUUUCGUUAUAAGGUAUUUUUCAUCUAUUUUUCAAAACCUUUUUGCGAUAGAUUUAUCUGGUGAUUGACUAAAACCUCUCGUGUCACUUUCCCAUCCAAUGAGAAGCUGGACCAGUAGAUGUGACUUGUGCGCUUGCGUUUCCCCGCUUUUGGCGGGUUAUCUUAUCUGGAUAUCGGAAGACAAAAGUUACGGCUCUGAGAUAAGCCUAGAAAUUUUAAAAGUUGCGAAGGCAUUAGCGUCUGUUUUCGGGGCAAGCCAAAAUGUUUGUGAAUAUUUGUGCGUUUGCGUUCAUGUAGCCUUUGCUGGCUUCAGCAAAACUGCUUUAUUUUUCCUUACAACAAUGAAAGAUAAUGUGGGAAAAAAUUUGUUUUUGUAGAAAAAAAUCCAAGAGAUGUUAAAGCAAAUGGAUGAAAUGGAUCAACCUCAAGUUGUUCGGCUCGGAGAUGCGUCUAUCGCUUCACCCUUUACUUCGAAACUGUCCUCUGUUAUGGCAGGUAUGUUAACAGAACUCAACUGAUUAUAUUUUGAAUUCCUCCUGUCUUCUCUGGGGACUAUUCAAGAUCGAUCAUUCAGCUUUAAAAGCUGACGACUGUCGCCUGCAGAACAGCACGGCCUCCGCGACCGGCAGGUGAUCAAGGGACUUAAAUUUGAUGCUUUGCUUCUCGCUCAAACGAUUUCGUGAAUAACUGUUGUAUCUGGUUUUUACUAAUUGUGGUCGGGACGAGCGAAACGAAAAGCGGGAAAGGAACUAAAAAUAGACAGAGGGGCGUCCUCUGAACUUUUUUUCCCUCGAUCGCUUUAACCUUUCGCUGGCUCCGACUGAUUAAGAGCCUGAAACAUGCUAUACUGAUGUAAUUCUUGGAUUUGUUUGUUUUCAGUUUGUCACAUCGUAAAGCAGGGUCGGUGUACCUUGGUCACAACUCUACAAAUGUUCAAGAUUUUGGCGUUAAACGCCUUGGUGCUCGCCUACAGUCAAAGCGUGCUUUACUUAGAUGGAAUCAAGUUUAGUGAUGGGUUAGUUAAAAUUAUAUCUUCCUUGUUAUUUUCACACUUAACUUUGACAUUAGCGUGCUAGUUGUUAAGGCGGAUCAAUAAGCAGGGCUCAAAGUUUAAAUUUGAGUUUGGGAGCACUUGUGCCACCAGAUGUAAAUUUUUAGGCGCACUGCCGAAAUUUUAGGCGCACAGCUGAAAAUUUUAGGAGCACAGCUUAUAUUGUUGGGAGCAUCUAUUUCAAAAGAAAAAGUAAAAAGCUUAACAGUGCCCCGUUUAUUUGUCAUCUUCAGUUUGUUACUUUUACUUCACUCCUGUGAUUGAUAAAACACAGCCAAUUUGCUACACAGUAAUACCGUUGUGAUUUUUAAUACUAAUUUCUCUCUUUGGCAGUACAGUUAUGACUAAAGAAAACUUACACUUCAAAAACCAUUCAAAACUGACAAUAAUGAGUGUGUCGAACGAGAAUGAAAAUUAAUCUUUAAUGAAUUUGUUAAAUGCGCAAUGACUUACAUGUAACUGGAAUACGACUUAAAAAACUUUCUUACCUGGAAAAAAAAGGCUCUUUAUCAGCGCUGUUUUUGUUUUGAUUGACGUUAAAACUGAACGUUCGACAUGAUCGUCCAUUGCGCAAAAAGUACGUGUUUCGUUCGUAGCAUAUAUUUGCAUGUGUCAGCGGUGUUUAUUACAAAACAGAAGAGUCUGGGAUGGAGUAAAACAUCGAAACGAAAAAGAACAUUCGAGUUCCUAGAAUCCAUUGGAAGAAAAGACCAAUUAAACAUACACCGUCUUUCUAGUUCGAGUUUGUAAGUAUAGUCGGAAGUAAGUCAGUCCCACUGUGCUUUGGGUUUUACGGCGCACAGGUGCGAUUACACAUGAAUUUUUAGGCGCACAACCAAAAAUCCAGUCGCAUAUGCGACCAGUUAGUCGCUAACUUUGAGCCCUGAUAAGUCAUUUAGUUCUUGCCAGUAGCCAGAUUUCUUGACGUAAGAUUUGUCCCUUUAAUUAGACAAUUGGAAAGGAAACUCCCAUUCUUUCGUCUUGUCGUUAAGUUAAAGACAGUUAGAUAUGUUAAUCGUGGAGAGGGGGCAAGGUGGCCAAGGAAAACGGCUAAAGUUAAACAGUUUAUAUACAGAUCUGGCGCGAGAUCGAAUGCAGAGAUAACACCGUAUCUGCUAGUGGGAAAGAUUUGCUCAAAUUUUGAGUGUAAUUGGCUGUACUUCUUUUACAGUCAAGCAACGCUUCAAGGCAUUCUUUUAGCUGGCUGCUUUUUGUUCAUAUCAAGGUCCAAGGUAAGACUAUACCGCAAGCACAGGCCGCUUUUUCUCGAUAAGUACUUUUGCACACCAAUAUACAUUGCAGCCUCUGCUCGCAAAGAAACGAACGACCAGUAAUGCCAAUGACAAUGACUAUAGUAACGAAAAUGACAAAAAAGCUUAAAGUGUUAAGGUGGCCUCAUGGCCUUAUUCCAAUGCUGAUACCUGGUUGUGGUGUCAAAAGUCAUUGCAAGAUUAUCUACAGAAGAUUAGAUUGAAUGUAGAGAGAACUAUGAAUGUAAAAAAAAAUAUUGCUGUUAAAGAGGAAACUCAGGCUUGCCGAGAUUCGAAUAUUCUGAUCUCUGGGAUACUGUUGCAGCGCUCAAACCAAUUGAGCUUGCAAGCCAACUGGAAGCUGGUCAUCAUAUUGGCUCGUAAUAUACCCGCAAUUAUAUGAAUUUCAUUUAUUGGAACCUCGAAAUGAAGAAAAAAACUGUUGCAAAAGAUUAGCGAGGACUUCAAGGAAGAUCCUUUUGUCCUAAGACCUCAGUUAACAUUUGCAAUUUGGUUUUGUUUCCUUUUUCAGCCUCUUACGAAUCUAUCCAAGCGUCGUCCACUACCGAAUAUAUUUAACUUGUAUACGAUAAUAACCGUCCUCUGUCAGUUUGCUGUUCAUUUCUGGGCUCUGAUUUAUAUGGUACGGCAAGCAAAACGACUGACGCCUGGCAUGUAAGUACAGGCUUUGUAAAUACUUAAGCCCUUACCUGGAAUGUAUCUAAAAGCAAAAUUUGAAAAAACAAAACACCCGCUUUACGCAUCGAGUUUUUAAACCUGAUAAUACAAGACUGCUAGUUUUUAUAACGGCUUCAAAAUCUCUGACAUAGAUCAACUCGUUCUUGCACUUAUAUUUAGAUUUGGGGUUAUUUUGGUCCAAAAAAUUUGGACGGAAAGUUUAGUCUUUAUCAGAUACAAAGACACUUACAAAACAUUAUUUUCUUUUGUUUUUUCUUUAUGAAUUAUUAAUUAGCUUUUGAAGUCGAUUAAGAGCAGAUAAGUUAGACAGCGGCAUGUUAAUGUCGUGUCGUAAGCGUUCUUAGCCGAAGACCACUUACUUUUGUUUUUUUGCCUUUAGAUAAUAAUCAAACAGCGAAGGGCAUAUGCCUUCUUUCAGACAAAUUUGAUGUUAUUUAAAGUGAAUGUAUUGGAUUCCCCCCCCCCCCCCCCCCUUCCCUCCUUUUAAAAAUGUUAAAAUACCCCCCCUCCCUAAUCUUAUUUAACCCCCCCUCCUUCCAAAAAAAAAAAGGAGAGAGGAGGAGUGGUGGUAUUUUUGAGGGUUUGUUUUACCACUCUCACCUCCAUUGAAUGGUUGGCUGUAAGGGUGUUGAGAGAAAACGCAUAGCUGUUUUUUUCUUCCAUUUAAACAAAAAGUUAAAAGCAACAGUGGAUUUCCCUUUCUUCCGUAUCUAAGUGGUUUAUUGUUUGGUAGUUUGUGCAUUGCCCCCCCCCCCCCCCCCUGUGUACACUUGGUACAAGUGUUCAAGUACUCCACUUGCAAGUACAUGUAUCACACGUCCUUGCCAAGCAAAGUAGAGUGAAGUGGAGUACUUGGUGUACUUGUGGAGUUCAUGUAUCACACGUCCUUGCCAAGCAAAGUGGAAACCUGGCUUAACUGAAACUAUGCGGAAUUACUGGAUAUAAGUCUUGGAAAAAGAAAACCUAUAACAAAAAUGUCGUGUACAGCUUCAGAAAUAUAACUUUUAUGGUAAUUUCCUAUGGCUGGUAUUUGUUGUAGUUAUUUUUGGUGUUUCUGUUGCAGGGAAGCCCAACAUGUAGACUUAGAAGCAAAGUUUCAGCCCACCAUUGUUAACAGUACUGUUUACAUUGUAUCUAUUGCCAUGCAACUGGCAACCUUUGCUAUUAACUACAAGGUAAGGAAACCAGAUCUCAAGCGUUUAUCGGUUGUAAAUUUCUUGAUUGCUUCGGUUUUACAGUGCUCUGUUAUCUGCUUGACUGCAAAAUCCUGGCCAAUUUCUCACCAAUCAAAACCAUCCUGUUAGCGCUGGUUUCCCAUGCUCGGCGUUGCCUCAUGAAUAUGCUUCCAGGCGUGCUCGAAAUAGAAAAAUUUGGAAAGACACUGAACAGUAUCCACAGCCCACCUACCCGUCCCCUAAGCCAACAUCAAGACUUACUUCUCACUUAGGGCAAAAUGUUGACUUAGGGGAGGGGUAGGUGGGCAGUUUCCUAGAAACGUAUCCCAAUUAGGCUUUUGUACAUUAUGCUUUUGCUUCCCUACUAAAAUGCUCCACCUUAAUGCUUCAUUCUUCCCACUAAAAUGCUUGGUCUCCCCCAAAAAGUCACUAAAAUGUUCGGAUAAUGCUCAUUAUACAAACGGGUUUUUUUUAAAAUUAAUUUCAAAGUUUACACUUACAAAAACGUGCAAGUGUUCCAAGUAACAACGACAACGUAUAAAUACAGCCAAAAAAAACCAGCUGUAUUAGGUUUUUGGUGAAUUUUGAGUUUUAGUCUUCAUUUUGUUUAAAAAAGCAGGAGCUCAAGGGGCAUGGGCUCCUGAAAAAAGUUAAUUUCUAUUUUAUUUUCUCGAAAAAAUUAAUUUCCCGGGUAAAAUGCCACUAAAAUGCUCGAAUAAUGCCCAAUGCUUUUGCCUCACUAAAAUGCUCGAAAAAAUGCUAGCAUAAUGUACAAAAGCCUAAUCCCAAUUGUUUCCGCAACACCAAGAAAUGCCCUUCUUUGCUCAGAGCCUCGAACGGCGAGCGAAAAGUAAAACUAUGCAAAUCAACAGCCUUUCGCCCUCGUUCGUCGCUGCUUCGCCACUCGCCCCUUGCGCAUGCUCUCUAUCUAUUGUGUCAAAAAAAGAGUAAGAGACCAGUCGCGGUCAAUGAACACUGGGGGAACUGGAAUUGGUCGUGUACCACAGGACCAUCCAUUUACAUGCGAUUACCACUAAGUAAUUCUACUAAGUAAUUCUACUGGGAUUUGUGCACAGGGUCACCCUUUUAUGGAGAGUCUGCUGGAUAACAAGGCGCUGUUGUACAGCUUGCUAGCCUCUGGUGGAUUUGUUGUUUGUAUGGUGACAGGUUCUGUUCCUGAAAUCAACCAACAGUUUGAAAUCGUCACAUUUCCACCAAAGGUAAUACCUUUACCUACACGCAUGCGUAGGGACUAAACAAAUUUAUCUGUAAAGCCAAAUACAUUUUAUAUUGAGGGCUUUUUUUUAAAUCCUAUUCUUCAAAAGUACGUUUUUUAACGUGAUUUGCCGCUUCUCUUUAAGAUAAUUUGUAGCAGCAAGAAAGGGAAUUUAAAAAAGCGAGUAAAGAAAGCGAGAAACAAACUAAACUUGCUACAAAAUGACCUCACGAGUUUCUUAGCACGGCGAGCUCUUUCGGCCGCGAAGCGGCCGAGCGAGCGGCAAAGUCGUCAGAGGUCGUCUUGUUGCGCUUGAAGGGUUCCCAUUUGCGUCCCGCGCCAUAUUAAAUCGUACGAAGGACUUUUUGAAAGUCUAAAAACUGUCUCGCGCGGCCCAUUAGCUUUCACAUAAUUUCAUUCUUGAGUCGGUGUUUUUAAGGGCUGUAACAGGUCUGUGACUUCUUUCACUGGUGAUAUUAGUUGUGUUAUUCUGCUAAGAGGUUUCGAUUUAUCAAUAAAUAUUUGAGAAGUAACUCGUUUUGCUUUCAUUUCGUUCUAGUUCCGUGAAAUAUUCAUGCAAGUUCUAUUAGCCGAUUUUGUAACAGUCUUUGUCAUGGACAGAGUAUUGGAUUUUCUUCUUGGCAGCGCCAAGCUACGACAGCAUUAGCAGGAUAACAGAUAUGUGUUCGCGGCCAUUAAAUAAGGCAUUUUUCAGCUGGGAGAUUUUUUUUCAACUCAAGUAUUGGUUGAAGUUAAGGUCAACGAUAAGAAACGCGGACUGUUUCCGAAGGCAACGUAAUGUCCCCAGAGGGUUCGAGGAUAUUAUCAUCAAGUUGCAGAAAUUAUGUUAUUGACUUUUUUCGUAAUAUCUGCAUUGUGUGGAAAAUGGUUUUGCGAACAUCGUCAAAAGUUGAUUUAAGCAUUAAUUUUUAAAAAAUGAAUGUAACACAACAAGACUGGAAGUGCAGGAAAGGCCUUGUUUUAACCAGAAAAAAUGCUUGUUGUUUGUUGGGACACAAACAUAUAUCAGUUAAAUUUAUUUUUUUUUCAAAACCAAAGCCAUACUGUAAAACGUGUUUUUCGUUCAACAAGCAAACUCUGGAUCACGUAUUUAAAAUAAUACAAAG